AUGAUGUGUGACGUACAAGCGUUACCAAGACUUGACUUCACGGAAGCCUUGAAGGAUUCGCCUCGUUUUCGACAAUCUAUCGGCCUUCAUCAGCGAUACUUCGAUAGAUUGGAAGGAAGACUAAAUGAGUUGCUGCGUCUGAUGAGCUCAAUGGAAGAAUACGGGAAAAAUUAUGCAAAUUCUUUUUAUACUUUAUCUGUCAUGGUUAAUCAGCUGUGUACCGAAUCUCUUCCGCGAGAUUCCAAAGCUCGAUCGACAUUGAAAUCUGUAUCAAAUGCUUAUGCACAUGUUGUUCAUUUACAUAAAACUUUUAUUGAGCAAUCUAAUGCUGUUGUUGUUAAAAAUAUAAACUCGGUACUACGAAAUGAACUCGCAAAGAUAUUCGAAACUCGUUCUCAGUUUGAGAGUCUUUCUAAUUCGCUCGAUGAUGCCCUGGCAAGAAAAGCAGCUACUUUGCGAUCCCGCACCUCUGAAUUGGCAGAUGCUCGGAAUGCCUUAACUGCUGUAGGGACAUGCUUUGCACAUACGGCACUUGACUACGUGGCGCAGCUCAACAUUGCUCAUGCGCAUAAAGAUCAUCUUAUUGUCGAUGCUUUUUGGGCAUUUAUAAAGGAAUGUAGCUCAUUUUAUUCAAGAGGACAUGCCUUUUUUGAUGAAUGGACUGUAAUUGAGAAUGGCUCGGUUGCCGACGCAGUGAGCAACUUGUCGUCGAGAUGUAAGUUGGUGGAAAAGAAGAUGCAAGACCGCCAUUCUCUGGUACCUAAGGAGAUCUUUAUGCAUCCAACUGGUAUUUCUCCUGAAGAUAAUGUAGUUAUGGAAGGAUAUCUUUUCAAGCGUGCUACGCAUGCUUUUCGAACGUGGAAUAGACGUUGGUUUCAAAUCAAGGAAAACAAGCUUUUGUACUCUCAUCGAUCUUCUGAGGUGGAGACGCCAAAAAUAAUGGAACUGGACUUGAAACUGUGCCUCGUUCGACCUGCACCUGCUUCGGUUGAAAGAGCAUGCUGCUUUGAGCUCGUGACUCCUGUCAAGAACCAUCUUCUGCAAGCUGAUUCUGAAAUGUUAUGUAAUUCGUGGAUGCGAGCCUUGCAGAGAACAAUCUUACAUUUACAUGAGUCAGAUGAUGGCAUUCCACCGCAUCGGCCUACUGCAGGGACUGGUGUAGACCAUAUUGGAAAACCUAGUCUGUCAACACAAGACAGUCUCUUAGUGGAGCUGCGGCGCGUUCCAGGCAACGAUCGGUGCGCUGAUUGCGGUGAUGAAGGUCCGAAAUGGGCAAGCAUCAAUCUUGGAGUUAGUUUUCUUUUGAAGCUUAAGAUCCUCCUGUGUAUUCAGUGCUGUGGCAUUCACAGGAGUUUUGGCGUUCAAGUUUCAAAGAUUCGGUCGUUAACGAUGGAUGCCAUAGAACCAGAACAGAAGAAACUUAUGUUGGCUUUAGGCAAUCAACUUGUAAACUCCAUCUAUCUAUCCUACCUUCCUGAUAGGGGUGUUGUACCUCCACGCCCUCGUCCAACUUCUGCUAGGCCAGCCCGUGAAGCUUGGAUAAAAGCAAAGUAUAUAGAACGCCGAUUUGCGCGUAAGGUUACAGAACGGACUAGGAAUUCUGUACAGCUGCACGCAGAAGGAAACGUUCAUAAAUUAUUUUCAGCGUAUCGGUCUCCACCUCGGUCAUCAUCUUACCAAAACUUGGUUGUUGAAGCAGUCCCUUCACCGUCACGACCUUCUUCGGUAUAUGAUAGUGAGUUGGCACUAGAUUUCAUAUCUGGAUGGAAGUCGACUCCUGCUUUGAAACGUGCCAAUAAAGAGGUUUUUUCAGCUGAAAUACAGAGAAUUUCUGCCUGCGGAUCAGAGAUGGACUUGAGGAAGUCGCACGAAUUAGUGACUAGUGAUGCUAAAACUGGGAACCGAUUUCACGUUGCUGCGUUUAAUGGUGAUAUUCCACUCAUGUGCCGUCUUAUGGCUGAGGGCGGUGACGUUAAUGUCACAUAUGCCGGAGAAACAGCACUACAUAGCGCAGUUAAGGCGGGUUGCGGUGUUGCAGUUGAAUUUCUUCUGUUGAAUGGAGCAAAGAUCAAUUCUUUAGACGCAUAUUUAAAUUCACCACUUCAUAUAGCUGCUAAAAGCGGUUUUACUUUAAUAGUUUGCCAGUUAAUGAAGAGAGGUGCUGACCAACGUUUGAAGAACCAUGAUGGUGAAACCGCUUUAGAUUUGGCUGUAGAGGGCAAGCAUGCUGAUAUCGUUACACUGUUAAGACUGCGGGAUAUGCGAGAUGAAUUCAGCGAAGAAUUCCACAAUCCUAUGGAUGAGGCGGUUGAUGAUGUUAUGCAAGAUAUCAGUCGAAGAGUGGAAAAUAAUCGUUAA